CUCCUGACAAGUAGGCCCCACCUGUCAAUCUCCCAUCUUCCCUCCUCUUCUUCUUCUUCUUCUUCCUCACUCUCUUCACCCCGAUGGCGUCGCGAGCUCGAGCGAGCGGCAGAGCAAACAAUGGCAGCGCCGCCAUGGCCAUCGUCGACCUCUGCCCCGAUCAGAUCUGGGUGACGCCGCCGCAACCGCUAAGCGUUCUCCACGCGUCUUCGUCGGUGGAUCGAUCGAUGGAGCGCCGCGGGGCCAUCGAUCUCCAGCGCCCAGCGGUGCCGGUGCGCCGCGGAUUAUGUCGGUGGCGGCGGCCAUCGUCGCGCCAGGGCUGCCUCUCAGCUCGAUCUACUUGUCUCUCCAGCUGAUGGUGGAUGGAGGAGGAGGAAGGAGAAGAGGAGGCGGCUUUUGGGGCUGACAGGUGGGGCCCACCUGUUCGUCUCAGGGGUGAAUCUCACAGAACUGGGUGUUUUUGGUGAAACUCUGAUGGAUCAACAAGACCUGUGUGGUGUGGUUAACUGAAGCAAACCUCAAAAACCUUGAAUCGAUGAGCUUGCGUGUGGGUUAAUAGUUGUGGUUUAUUGCCCUUGCUGAGAUGGUUGGCAUAUAGCCUUGAAAAUGCACUUCUUUUCUAAUGCUGAAGAUAACGAGUACCCUUCUGGAGUAGCACCUUCAUUGGAUUUUCUGGUUACGUCGAAUGAUAUUACUGGAUCUGGCGCAUCAGCUACUUUGCUCAUUUUCAACAAUGAGAAGGGCUUCUCCCCGGCCAAUAUAGAAUCCAUUAUUCGUGUGGGGAAGUCGACGAAAAAGGGUAAUAGAGACAAAGGCUACAUUGGAGAGAAAGGUAUUGGGUUCAAGAGUGUCUUCCUGAUAUCGAGCCAGCCCCAUAUAUUCAGUAAUGGUUAUCAGAUUAAGUUCAAUGGGAAACCUUGUGCUGAAUGUGGUAUUGGAUACAUUGUGCCUGAGUGGGUUGAAUCCAGACCUAGUCUUUCAGACAUCAGAACAAUAUAUGGGUCAUCCAAAGUACUUCCUACAACAACUAUCAUCUUACCUCUGAAGAGUGAGAAAGUUGAUGCAGUGAAGAAACAGCUGUCAAGCAUGCAUCCUGAAAUGCUAUUGUUUCUGUCAAAGAUCAGGCAACUUUCUGUUAAGGAAGAGAAUGUCAAUCAUAAGUGCAGCCCUGUUAGUGAGAUUUCAAUAUCUAGUGAAAAGAAUUUCCAAGAACGGAAGAACAUGCAUGCAGAGUCUUACACACUCCAUUUAUCAGCUUUAGAGAAUGGGAAAGGAGAGGAAGAGUGUGGCUACUAUAUGUGGAGGCAGAAGUUCCCAGUCAAGCCAGAGAAUAGAGUGGACAAGCGCGCUGAAAUUGAUGAAUGGGUCAUCACCCUGGCCUUUCCGUAUGGGCAGCGCCUAUCCCGCGGGAAGCAAAUGUCACCAGGUGUCUAUGCAUUUCUUCCCACUGAGAUGGUUACAAACUUCCCUUUCAUCAUUCAGGCAGACUUCCUCCUUGCAUCUUCAAGAGAGGCAAUACUUUUUGACAGUCCAUGGAACAAGGGAAUUCUUGAGUGUGUCCCAAGUGCUUUUCUGAAUGCUUUUGUUGCACUAGUGAAGUCGGGAGCUGAUGUGCCAGCAAUGUCACUGCCGUCCAUGUUCAACUUCCUGCCAGUUGGUUCUUCACUGAUACCAUUGCUGGAGCCAGUUAGGUCUGGCAUCAAAGACAAGGUUUUAGCUGAGGAUAUUGUACCAUGCGAGUCUUACACUCCACAGAAGAUAUUUUGCAAGCCUGCUGUUGUUGGGAGGCUCAAACCAGACUUUUGGGAUAUCCUCAGCAAAGCGCAGAAAUCCGGAGUGGAUCUGAAGAAUCUCUCUACUCACGGUACCUACAUUCUCAGCUCUCAUUUUGAUAAGAGUGCAUAUAACAGCGUGCUUGAAUUUCUUGGUAUCAAAAGUGUGAAUCCUGAAUGGUAUGCUAAAUGUAUUGAAGGAUCUAAUCUUGUGAAGGAGGUGCCCGAACAGCUUUACCUGGAAAUUAUAUCUUUUGUUGCAGAUAAUUGGCAAAUCUGUUUCUCCGGCACAAACAUGUCUUCCAUUCCCUUACUGAAGUAUGUCAACAGGCAUGAUGUUCUCUCAUUUUGGAGCUUAUCAACGGCUAGUCAACAUUGUGAUAGAUUGUGCAUUGCUUCUGAGAAGUAUAUAUCAUGGCUGAUCAGUUGGAACAAGGAGUUCCCGUCUUCAAGCCGGCUCUUUUUGCCUCCCAAUACACAAGGAGCUCUAAAUGAUUUCUCACAGAAGACAAAAGUGACAAAUUGGCUUCAGAAUUAUGCAAAAGUGGACUUUGUAUCAGUCUACAGUUAUGCACAGUUAAUUGUUAAUUCCUUGGGUUCUGACAGGAGGUCUGUAAUUGCUUUUGCACACUUUCUGUAUCACUCAACCCAGAAGAAAUACAUAGAAAGCUACUACUUGCCAGAUCUGUUGCGGGCUAUGCCUGUAAUUGACAACUAUGGCAGUGCCAUUACGGCAAGAAAAGGCAUCCUAGUUCCUGCCAAGGGUAGCAAAUGGGUUGGAUUAAUGGGCAGUAACCCAUGGAGGAACGAAAAGUAUGUUGAAUUGUCAUCAGAUUACAAGUCAGCGAACUAUUUCGCUGGGCAGUGCACAUCUGAAGAUCAGCUCAUGGCAUUCCUCAAGACACAGCUGCAGGCCUCAGAUGUGCCAUUCAUAAACCCACCAGAUGCAAGUUUUCCUACUGUCUCAUCACCUCUAACAAUGGACAAUGCAAUUUUGUUAUUGGAGUGGAUAAGAAAUCUUAAUUCAAAAGGUUCACAAUUACCAGCUCGAUUCUUGGCUUGCAUAAAACAGGGAAGUUGGCUGAAGACUUCAGUUGGGUACAAACCACCCAACGAAUCAUUUCUAUCUGGAGCAGAGUGGGGAAGCCUUUUGCAAACUGGAUCUUCCUUUGUUGAUAUACCAAUGAUUGAUCAACAGUUCUAUGGAAACAAGUUGCAAGAGUACAAGAAGGAACUCCAGGCGAUUGGUGUGAGAUUUGAAUUUCGGGAGGCAUCCGCUUAUAUUGGCGACCGCCUCAUGUCUAUGGCUGAAAAUAAUAUGCUCACUAGAGAGAAUGUGUACUCAUUGCUUCGGUUGAUUAGGUUUAUGCGAGAGAAGGUUCUUUCUCCAAGUGAGCUGAUCAACAGUGUCAAAAAUGGGAAAUGGAUGAAGACUGAUAUUGGCUACAGGUCUCCUGCUGAUUGUAUCAUAAAGGAUUCAGGCUGGGAAGUGGCAUCAUGUAUCAGUGACCAGCCCUUUCUUGAUGUGAAGUUCUAUGGCGAGGCCAUCCUUUCUUAUAAACAAGAGCUUGAGUUGCUUGGUGUUGUUGCUGGAUUUAAAGACAAUUACAAUCUUGUCAUCAACAACUUCAAGUUCAGUUCCACUGCUAUUACUCCUGAAGCUACAAUAUUAAUCCUCAAGUGCAUCCGGCAUGUGAGGUCAUGUGAUGAUUUUGUAAAUAAGCUCAGAGGUUUGAAAUGGGUGAGGACCAACAUGGGAUUCUGUGCUCCGAACAAAUCUUUCUUUGUGGACCCUGAAUGGGAAUGCCUUAUAAAGGUCUUUGACGGGAUUCCAGUAAUAGAUUUUGGAUUUUAUGGGAGCAAGAUCAGUUCAUACAAAGAAGAGCUGAAGAAGACUGGAUUGAUCACAAGAUUUGAGGAGGCGUCGAAGGCUAUAGCUGAUAUUUUCAAGCAGAUGGUAUCAAAGUCAGCACUUACAAAGGCAAAUAUUCUUGCUCUUCUAGCAUCUUAUCGGCAACUUAGAACGCACAGCCCAAUGCCUGUUGAGCUUUUCAACUGCAUGCGCACCGAGAAAUGGCUGUCCACAUCAAUUGGAUCCAAAGCUCCCAAAGAUGCAAUCUUGUUUAAUGAAGAAUGGCAGUCUCUGUCACCCAUAGCAAAUUUACCUUUCAUAGAUGGUAGUGACUCACAGCAUGGUUUAGGCAAGGAGAUACAUGGUUAUAAAGAUGUGCUCAAGGAGUUAGGUGCUAUUGUAGAAGUGAAAUUUGGUUCUAGGUUUGUUAUCACAGGUCUCAACAUUCCCAAUGAUCCACUGUCCAAAGCUACCGUUUUGGCACUUCUCAAGUGCAUCCGUAUCUACCUGGCAUCUACAGCUGCACUACCCAAGGGCUUCUGCGAGAACAUCGCCAGCAAGGAGUGGUUGAAGACAACCAUUGGAUACAGAUGUCCUGAUGAGUGUAUCCUUUUUGAUCCAAAGUGUACUUGCAUCUGUAAGGAAGAUGGCCCUUUCAUCGAUGAAGCAUUCUAUGGUUCAGAGAUAUCCUCAUUCAAAGAUGUACUCAUGAAAAUUGGAGUUAUAGUGGAUAUUAAACGUGGGCAUGAUCUUGUUGCUCGGCAUCUAAGGAACCACAAAGACAGUGCUACUAUUUCCAGGAUAUACUUGUACCUGAAGGAUUGCAAUUGGGAGCCUGAAAAUAAAACUAGCAACUGGGUUUGGUUACCAAAUGGAAGUGGUAGUGGAGAAUGGGUGAGCGCACCAAGUUGUGUUCUUCAUGACAGGGACAAUCUUUUCACGUCGCACCUGCAUGUUUUGGACAAAUAUUAUGACAAGAAAUUGCUUGACUACUUUUCAGUUUUUCUUGGUGUGAGGCAUGGCCCUAGUUCUGAAGACUACUGCAAGCUGUGGAGCACAUGGGAGAGCUCGGUCAGUGAGUUAUCUAAAGCUGACUGCUCUGCUUUCUGGAAGUUCGUCGCCACAAACUGGGGGCAGAACAUGAAUAAACUUCUCUCUGGUUGUAUCAAGGUCCCUGUUUGUACAGAUGGGAAGAUCAUUUUAUCAAGCAAGAAGGAUGUGUUCAUUCCUGAUGAUCUACUGCUCAAAGAUUUGUUCAGCAAGCUUUCUCAGCAAGCAGUUUUCAUCUGGUAUCCUUCAUCAAGCCUACCUUCCAUGUCUCGUGCAAGGCUCAACAACAUAUACAGUAGCAUUGGUGUUGGGACUAUAUCAAAAGCUGCUCGAAAGAAUGAUUCUUUCACCCUGGGAAGUGGCAGUUUGAAAACUGUUGGCCUGAAUAUGGUGAUCAAGGCUGGUCUGCUCCAAUUAGUCCUCGCUUUCCUCGCUGAUCCAGCUCUUGAUAUUUCCACCAAAGAGAGGCACAAGAUGGUUUCUUGGCUUUUGAAUGUGACUGUCCUAGAGACUGACGAGCCCAUCACGGUUGCUUACAGUGUAAGCCUGUCGUCAGGAAGGGCUCUAGAUGUGAAGGCCAGCCGAAUGCUCAGGUGGGAGAGGGAUAACUUUAAGUUGUACAUGCAGAGAAGCCAUGAUGCAGCUGGUUACAAAGAGAAGAUCGAGUUUGCGACAUACUUCUCAGAAGAGAUAUCUGGAGGAUUGCUCUUUGAGAUGGCAGAUCAGAUACCUUCACUUGCCGAGCUCGUAAAAGUUGGCAGCUUACUGGACUUCCAGGAUGCUGCUGUUGAUUUCCUGCUCAAGUCAAAGAAUUUGCAGCUGUUCCCUGAAGAUGAGGCUUUCCUGAAGGCUUCUCUGCAAGAUGGUGAUGAGGACUGUUAGAGGUAUUCAGAUCAUUCUUCUUCGCUUGUUGGUGUGGUUGCUAAACCGGUUGAAGAUGGCAAGUAAGAUGAUGGUGCUUUGCAUCUGGAGGACCCUCCUGAAUGGGACUUUUGGUCUCUUCAGAUAAGAUAUGCUGCUACUAGUAUUAAGCUGUUAUAUAUUUCUUGUCUGUAAUGUGAGGUUUCGUCCUUCUGGACCUGAACAUGUGUGUGGUUUAAGUGUGGAUGUUUAAUUAAGUGCGCUUAUUAACAUCUCUAUGAACGGAUUGAACUGUCUCAUGAAAAUUUCCCUAUUCUAUUUGCUGCAAGAUCACAUUCUUAAAGGUAUCCAUGAGUCCAUCUGAAUUA